GAGCCGACAUCGUGGACGACAUGGCCAUCGCGAGUGCAUACACGCGGUACAAUUAUGCACCGGAGGAUGUGUAUCUCGGAAUGACAGCAUUUAAACUGGGCGUCGAGUUGCACAAUGUGGACUCAAUGUAUGAUCAUUAUCACUACGACCUAAUGAACAAAGAUCACCAGCCCGCCAUGGAUGGCGUUGGCGAGAACGAGGAGUCACUUGUACUUGCAAACCCGUCAAAUCGGAAGAGGAGAUAUUGCCAGUUUACCGCUGGACGAGCGAGAAGCAUAAUUUCCUUCGAAGAACUCGGAAGGCUAUCAAGGCGUUUCUGGAAACUGGUGAGGUAUCCUGAGGUGUAUCGCACGUACCCACAAGACGUUCCACUGAAUCAAAUCAUUAAAGCCGUGAAAGCGGGACUUCCUGUCACUGAUAUGCCUCAGUACAAUUUCCCCAUCAGCAUUUUGAAAACAAGCACAAAGGUCUGUGCAAACAACACCAAACACGACCUCGUCAUUGUGGUGAAAAGUGGCAAUCUCGGAUGGGAUGCGAGAACGGCGUUUCGUGAAUUCAUGCAACGCGAGAGAGCCCGCUAUCCGAAGCUCAAGGUGGGAGUCGUCUUCAGUCUCGGAUUGCCACGCAAACGCGGUGGCAGAUUAUUCAAUCGCGACGGCAAUAUCAUCAGCCUGCCC